GCGACGUGUUUCGCAGUGCGAGGGGUAAGUGGGAUUUUUACCAAGCGCAUUGAUUUUUGCCGUUCAUGUGUUUCGCCUCUCGCACGUUUAAUCUGACCAUUCUAACUGAUCCGCACAGCUUCUACGAUAUGUGAUCCACAGAUAUAUCCUCCACACCCGGGUCCGCACUCCCUUAGGCUACCCAUCUCAAUAUCACCUAUCAUACCAACACUACUUCACCCAUCCGUUCUGCCUCCUCGCGCACUACGAUCACCCGCUUCCCUACUUCCUCGGCAUAUGGCUUCCAACCACUCUCCCGCCCUACGCUCUACGCAUGCACAUCGUCACCUACCUCGUAUGGACCGCGAUCAUCUCCCUCGAAGAGAUGUUCACGUACUCGGGGUACACGAUGCUACCGUGGACGGUCAGGGUCACGGGGGUGGCGGGGCGGACAGAGGCGCAUUUCCUGAGCGGCGGGAAGGGGAACUAUGCGCCGUGGGGGCUGUUGGAUUGGGUUAAUGGGACUUUGGUGGGGGAGGUGGAUGAGGAGGGGAAGGUGGUCGAGGCUACGCUUCCUGGUGAGGGUGGUAGUGGGGGUAACGGGGAGAACGGGGAGAUGGAAGAGCCGCCGAAGAUGGGAAGGAAGGGAAGGAAGAAAAGGAAUGCGUAGUUGGCAUACUGGGCAAUCGCGGGGUGGAUGGGGGAUUUUCCACUGCUUUAUCUUGGAUGGGACUGGGUUCGUGGCUUUCGAAUUGAUACCCUUGGGCAGCAGGCGUGGAUAGGACAAUCAAUAACGAUCCGGGAGCGAGCGCUCAUAUGCAGUCAGUCAAUCCUCCGUCGGCGGGUAAUCU